GAUUCACCACUCAUAGUGGAGAUGGAACAAGGCUUGUAUGGCAAUUGCUAUCUGUUGGGUGAUAGUGGUUAUGCAUGCAAGCCUUUUCUAUUUACGCCAGUAUUAAAUCCAGGAACUGAAGCAGAAAGAAGGUAUAAUCAAGCACACAUCAAAACACGCAACUGCAUUGAAAGAUGCUUUGGUGUGUUGAAAAGACGCUUCCCUUGCUUAUAUUACGGAUUAAGGAACAAGUUAAGUACAUCCUUAACAAUAAUUAUUGCAUGCUGUGUCCUUCAUAAUUUGGCCCUGUCAGUUAAUGACACUGUAGAUACACUGGAAGAAUUGCCUGAAAAUUUUGAAGAAAGUGAUAUUGUUCAUCAUGAUCAAGGACAACAAAACACAGCCAUACGAAAUGCAUUAAUAGCAGACCUUUUUGAGAGAUGAACGAGACCAAUACUUCAAUUCCAGAAUAUUUAUUUUUGAUAUAAUUAGGC